UUAAUGUAUGCUACCUGAUUUUAAAGGAGGUCCAUUAGAGUUCCAUAAGAGACAGUGGGCAAAUGUCCAGAGAGCACUACAAACUUCAUUCAGUUGUUUAGUGAGAGAAAAACCUUCCAAAUAAAAUAAAAAUAGAGUUUUGCAGUCUGAUUUUCUGCAUUAUCUGACUGCAUAGAUACAGAGGGCUGUGGGAUGAGAGUUACUAGUUAAAAAUGAACGAAAUUACUUUUUUUUUUUUAAAGAAGUUUUAUUUACAGUCCGAGAGCCAGUGAUCCGAGUCUAUUAAAAGGCCGUGCAUGCACAACUCAUAAGUUUUAUUUUUGGUGAGUGUCUGUGGUCGACAGUGAGGCAGAGUGGACCGGAGGACUUCCAUGCGUAAUGUGUGCGUCAUUGCUGAAAUGUGCAGUAACCGUAUGUCAACACCACAGCUAGCUAUUUCUACUGACUGGACACUCUCACAAAACUGUAUGUACAGCUGGCUUAUUUGAUGGAUAACUUACCAAGUGUGACUUAUGAAGCAACAGUAUUCAUUGGUGAUCUCGAUGAUGGCUCUUUAAUCAGUAUCUUCAUUAAGCUGGUGGGCACAGAUGGGGAGAGUGCACGCACAUUGGUCAGGUUUAGGCCUUUACCUUUACCACUCUGUGUGGUAUUUGGUUGGAAGUGGGGACAGCACCGCCAGGGUGAAUUUAAGGUGUCCUGCCAUUCCUCCAUUGGAAAACUGUUCCUGAUAGAGCUACAGAAAAAAAUAGAACGCCCAUGGUCACCAGACUCUUGGUUCCAUGCCAAGAUAGAAGUGAAAUCCCCUGAGGGAGACACCUACAACUUUCCCAUCUAUAACUGGAUCUCUGGCAGCGAGGUGCACCGCUUCAGAGAGGGAACAGCUCUGAGAGUCUUUGAAGAGAGCCAUCAUCUUGGCCUGUACAGUCGGGAGCAGGAGCUGUGCCAGCGAGAGAGAGACUAUCGCUGGCGUGUGUAUGCAGAGGGGAUACCCCACUGCCUGGAGGCAGAGGACCUUGAUAAGCUGCCUUCUGAGGUCAAAUUCUCCAAAAUCAAGAACAUAGAGUUAUUCUUCAGUCGAGAGUCAGGGCUACGUAUGCUGAAUUUGAUGGGACUGACUAAUUCUAAGGAGAACUGGUCUGAUACAAUUCUGGUGUUCACCAGACAGACUGACAUAUCAGCCUAUGUCCAGCGUCAUUGGAAAGAGGACAGUUUUUUUGGCUACCAGUACUUGAAUGGUAUCAACCCCAUAUUGAUCCGACGCUGUUCAGCUCUGCCAGAUAACUUCCCUGUCACUGACAACAUGGUCUUCCCCGGUGGACAGUGUAGCUUGGCAGAUGAAAUGAAGAAAGGCAACAUGUUCCUGUGUGACUACAAGCGUUUGGAUGGACUAGAAGUAAACAACGUCGAUGGGAAGAGGCAGUACUUGAUGGCUCCUCUUGUCCUGCUCCACAAAACACCUGAUGAUAAGCUGAUGCCAAUUGCUAUUCAGCUGAAGCAGACUCCAGCAGAUGACAAUCCCAUCUUCUUCCCCACUGAUUCUGAGUACGACUGGCUGCUGGCCAAGAUUUUUGUGAGAAGUGCAGAUUUCAACGAGCAUGAGCUCAACGUUCACCUGCUGCGCACUCAUCUGCUGGCUGAGGUGUUUGCAGUAUCGCUGCUGCGCAACCUGCCCAUGGUGCACCCACUGUACAAGCUCCUCAUACCUCACACUAGCGGCACUGCAGUGAUCAACAACCUGGCUCGAGCUCUGCUAAUAUCUGAGAAUGGAUUUUUCAAAAAGUAUACAGCUACUGGUGGAGAGGGGGUGACCACACUCCUGAAGAGGUCUCUGUCCUCAAUGACCUACAGCUCUCUCUGCAUACCAGAAGACAUUGCUGAGCGUGGGCUGGAGGAUGUGCCGAACUUCUACUACAGAGAUGAUGGACUCAAGCUUUGGGACAUCAUCCACAGGUUUGUGCAGAGAGUGCUCGGCUUCUAUUACAAGAGUGACGACGAGGUCCUGAAAGACUCUGAACUGCAGAAGUGGAUUGCUGAUAUCUAUGAACAUGGUUUCCUUUCCCAAGCAAGCACAGGAAUUCCUCAGAGUUUUACCACUGUGGCUGAGAUGGUCAAGUUUGUCACCAUGGUGAUCUUCACUGGCUCAGCACAGCACUCAGCUGUGAACGGUGGACAGUUCGACUACAGUGGCUGGAUGCCCAACAGUCCCGUCUCCCUGCAGCAUCCUCCACCAACCACAAAGGGGACAACAAGUAAGGCCACAAUGCUGCAGACAUUGCCUAACAAGGGCGCAACAGCUAACGGAAUGGCCGUCUUGUGGCUACUCAGCCAGCAGUACUCUGACUUCGUCCCUCUUGGCCAUUACCCAAUGAGACAUUUCAGUGAGGAGGUUCCCCGCAAGCUGAUCAAGGUUUUUCAAGCAGAGCUUGAAGUGUUAAGUGCAGUCAUCAAAGCCAGAAACAAAAGUCUGGAGAUCCCAUACACAUACCUGACUCAAGCAGAGGUUGAUAACAGUGUGGCCAUUUGAACAUGAGAAGGCGUGACCUCCUCAGCUUUCGGCCAAAAUCAGCUUCAUAAUAACCAUCAAAACUAAAUUAAUGCAAGAUUAGAUGUAAACUGUGCCUUAUGAUUUAUUGUUCUGAAAUAUGUAAAAUAUAAUUGUAGGGACAUUUGGUUUGCUAAAUUCACUAUAGGAUAUGUUGUGUAAUGUCCAUGUGCAUGUUAAAAGAAGUUACUAAAAAUGAAGAUUAAAUCUCCCUGAACUGUAUCUGCACUUUAAUCUCUGAGGUGUGUUUUCCUGUGCCACAUGUAACAAAGAACUUUAAAACAUCUAUAUUGGUUGUUUUUCCUCUUUUAAAAAGAAGAUUUUCCCUCACAUUUUCAGAUGUAAAAUACAAAAUAUGAAGCUCCUGCAAU